AAACGUGGUCCACAGUUAUAUAAUAUAAAUAAUAAGGAAUAAAAAAAUAAAAUAAAAUGUCAGCGUGAUGGUGGUAGUUUACCCUUCAGACCAAUAGGUGGCGGAGUAGAAACAGUGCAUGGCGCCACCAACGCAGAAGAAGACGAUAGUUGCGGGAAAACUGAAGCAGAUUAACUCUACUUCUUCUGUUCAUCUGUUCAAGCGUCAACGAAACAAGAUUUUUAUUUUGCAGCUUUAAAAGAACUAACAAUGAGUUCCCCAAAAGCCACAGAUGUCAAAAAGGGCAUAUCAGUGCUUUGGGACACUCUGCAAUGUCCCAUAUGCCUGGAUUUAAUGACAACACCAAUAUCUACUAAAUGUGACCACCAGUUUUGCAAGUUUUGUAUAAUCAAACUUCUGGACAACUCUAAACAAAACAAGGCCAACUGCCCUGUGUGUAAAGCCAAGAUAACUAAAAGGGGUUUACAGGAGAGCCCUGGGUUUCAGAGACUUGUGUCAGGAUUGCAGGACAUGAUACAAGCAUAUGAAAAUGACACUGGCACAAAUUACUUCAUUGGUCUAUCUCAGCUUCCCAGACAGCAGGGGAAGACAUUUCUAGGUGUGAAAGAUAAUGAAGGUGCUGAAUAUCCUGAUGCAGUGUUAACUGAAGACACACCUGGCACGGACCAUGAUGUGCAAAAUCUUGAAAGUGAUGAUCUUCCAACGUCUCACUCUUCAACUGUAGCAGCUCAGAGUGAAUAUGCAAAACUUAUGGGAUUAUCGCCAACAGAAAAUGAAGGUCUUGACAGUGGCCUAGGUGAUGGCCCACCAACUUCAGAAAAAAAAAUGCACAGCUCCACAGAUGAAGUGGAACCAGUACAAAAGGAAGUUGUGGACAAGACAAAUUCACCACCACACAGCAACACAAGAGGCAAUAAAAAAGUUUCAAAACUGGAAACCUCAUGUCACCCAUUUUCAAAUCCUGACGAAAGUGAGCACAAGCCUUUAAGAAAGUCCUCAAGGCAAAAGCAGAAAGAGGAUUUAAAGUCUGAACAUGUUUUUGAGCAUAAACAGAGGAAAAGUGUGGAGAAAGUUACUGAGUGGCUCAUGAAUGUUCCAAGUGAAGGAAGCCUUGAGUCAGAGAAACCUGAUCAGGACACUGAUGACUCUGACAGCUCUUCCACUUCUACUAUCAAUGUUAAGCAACAUAUCAUGGACGUGAAUGCAAAAAGAGGGGACCGUGCUAAAGUCCUUGAAGAGCAGGUAUUUGGUGCUGUCUAUAAACGAGAGCGAAGAGGAACCAGGGCUGCCUUUCCUGCAUUUCACUUUAAUGUUAAACCUCCAGCAACAACAGAAACACAGACACCUGAAAGGUUUUCCAACAAAAGAAAGGGUGAGCAUUUGCUUCCUGCUCAUAGCUGUGAGAGAAAGGGGUUUGAAGAUAAAAAUCAUACUAAGGAAAAACAACAAAUGAUAAAACAAAAUAACACCUUUGAGGACAAUGACAGAGACAAAAAUGGUGAAGAGUUGAUUGAUGUGCCAGAAAGUGACGAAUUUGACAGCGGUGAAGUCAUUUUUUGUCCAGUGUCUCAUAUUGAAAAUCAACCAGAAGCAAAGACAAGAAAAACUAAGUGCUCCACCCUGCAGGAAGUUGACAGUGAUUUACAAGAGCAAGCUAAGGCAAAAUCAGAAAACAUUGAAAAAAAGAAAAUGGACCAAAGGAAGGGUAAAAACACAACGUCAGAAAAAAACAAGUCUUCUAGAGUGCAGAAACCCCUUGUUCUGGUUGGAGUUCAAACUGGGGAAAUCAGUCCAAAGAUUAGAACAAGGUCAGGAGAAGUUCAGGUACAAAUUGAGAGCUAUCCCAGCAGCGAGGACCAAGACACCCCUGUUACAAGGAACACCAGGAGAAGUAGAAGACUUCAGCUCUUUGCUAAGGAGGUCCAGGAGGGCCACAAGAAAACAAAUGUGAAGAAAAAUGUAUCUGAAAAAGUUUGUAAGGCUCCAGAGCAAUUUGAGGAAGCAAAUGAUGGGAUGCUGGAUGAUAGCGGAUCAGCAAAGAGUGAAAAUCGGGCAAAGGUGACCAAAAGAAAUGGAUGCAUUUAUGAUCAGGAUUUAGGAGGAAUUGAAAGUAUGGAACCUGCUAAGCGACUGUCUUAUAGACCAGUAGAUAAUAAAGACGCCAUUGCUGACAAGCCCAAUACUGAAACUUUUUCUCAAGCUAGUGUUGCUUGUAAUGACCCAGCAGUCCCACAUCCUUCAAGUCCAACCGUAACAGCUGUGGUAGGUCCCAGACUUGAAUGUGACAAUCCAAGUAAUGACUUCUCAGGCAAUGUUCAGCUGGGAACCUCAGCAGUGUGUGAAGACGAGGAGGAUAAGUAUGACAGUGAGCUGGACACGGAGCAACUGCUCAGGAGCUUCAAAGCCACAAAAAGGAAAUCUUUCCACCUUGGAGGGCCGGAUAGAAAAAGGAGCCAUAGUUUAGACGAUGAAACUGAUCAGGGUGCUGAGGCAAAAGAGAACUGUAUGGGUGUUAGAUCAACAAAAUGUAAAGCCAACCAGGAGGUCCUAGGAGACAAAGAAAACUUCACUUGUAGUGAUGUGAUCCCUCCUUCUGUCUCACCUGGCAUGACCAUAAAAACAGUUAGUGAGAGCCAAGAUAAAAUGAUGGCGAUCUCCAUUCCUACGAGUUGUUCGAGUCAAGACGGUGAUGACAGACUCCGCAGGACUAGUGUCAGCACUGCCCUCAGUCCCAACAAAGUGUCAAAGCAUGAAAUAGAAAGUCUUAAUAUCUCUGUUGUGCCUCAAAUAGUAGAUUCUGGGCUUCGCUUCACAGCUGCUGUAGACGAGGAGCUAAAUGCAGCCUUUCAAGCCACAGACGGUGCCACGAGAGAUGCUGGCAAAGGGAUGGAGAUAAGAGACAGCACUGCAAUGGGAAAACAUUGUUCAGUCAACACACAUGAAGGGAUUCAAAUCACAGACUCUUCAACUCCCGACGGCCUGGUAACAUCAGCCGUUCAGAUGGUCCGCGAAACAAAGUCAGGCAACACCAGUGGACAGCUCAGUGCACAGUCGUCCAUCGGGAGAAACCCCAGGAAGAAAAGAAAGGCUCAGAGGCUGGAGUCCUCGCCUGAGUCAGAUAGCAGCGAGUCAAGAGAGGAAUUGCCAACUUUGACUCAAAUCUUUGGAAAAGCCGGUCCUCCUCUUGUGAUCCUGAAUCAGGGAGAGUCUAACGAAGCAAAUAGAUGCGUUGCAGCUGAUGCAGCAGAACAGGUGAGGCGUCCGCCUGCAUGCCCCAGCCCCGACUCUGUUAACUCCAGCCAGGCUUCUGUGGACCUGUUUGGCACCCCACAGGAAUAUGAUGUCCCAGUUAAUGACAACGUUUCAAUGGACUCACAAUUUUCAAGCGAAGUUCUUGUCACACAGCAAAAGAUUGAAAUGCAGAAGGAGCUGGUGAGGCUGGAGAAGUUGAUGGCUCUGGUAUCUGAGGUGCUUCAGGAGAAAGAGGGAAGUCCUGCUAAAGAAGUCCCACCAGAAACAAAGGAGAGCAACAGAAACACAGAUGCUCACACAUCCCUCCCAUGUGUCCAGGGCACAGACCAAAGUUCUGUUGGGAAAAGUGUUCACACUGGCACAAAAGCAUCUGAAGGGAAGGUGGUCAAACAACGCAGUGUUUCACAUCCGAGCAGUGUUACAGAGAUGGCAGCUGAGCGCUCUGUACACACAGAGCUGUGUGUCAAAAGCCCCGCAGCAGCGAAGGCACCAAGGAACUGUAGUUCACCUUCAGAUGGCCAAGAAGACAAAGAGAACAACACGCCUCAAAGAGACCGCGCUAAGGUGAAGAUGGUGCUUGUGUCGUCUGGUUUGGGGCCCAGUGAACAGGUAAUGGUGAAAAAGUUUGCCAAGCGAGUUGGUGCCCGUGUGGUUUCCCAGGUGACAGAAGAGGUGACGCAUGUCAUAAUGCACACAGAUGAACAGCUGGUAUGUGAGCGCACGCUGAAGUACUUCCUCGGCAUCGCAGGCAGGAAGUGGGUGGUGAGCUUCCAGUGGAUUUCAGAGUGCUUCAAACAGAAGAAACUUUUAGAUGAGAGUCUCUUCGAAGUGAGAGGCGACGUGGUGAAUGGAGCCAACCACCAGGGCCCCUCGAGAGCUCGAACCACUGAAGACAACAAUCUGCUCAUGACGGGCUACAACAUCUGCUUCCUGGGGUCUUUUACAAGCAUGACAACAGAUGAGAUGGAGUGGAUGGUGGAGCUCUGUGGAGCGGCAGUCGUUAAGGAUCCACUGCUCCUCGACAGUAAACAGAAGUCCAAACAGCUGGUCAUCGUACAGCCUGCAUCCGAGUCGGCUCCAUCCUCAUACAGCAGCCUCUGCCGACACGCCACGCUCGUCACACGUGGGUGGCUCCUGGAUUCGGUUGCAACCUACACCCUCCAGAACUACAACAACUACAAGGCACGAGUGGAGGAACCUGUGCAUUAAAGCCGCAGGCUCGCAGGAGCUCAUGUUGUUCACAUGACACUGCUUUUUAAAAUGUCUGCUAUUGUAAGUAAGCAGUCUUGUUGAUAAGCUAGAAGCUCUGUAACAUAUGUACAUGGCAGGAUGUACAGUAUAAAAAAAAUAUAUUCAACGAAUUGAGUCAUUCCUUCUUUUGGUGUUCUUCUUUGAGACCAACAUGUGUUCAUAAUAUACAGGAUUAAUUAAAUAACAAACGCACCUGACUG